AAUUGUAACUUACUACCUCUGUAAUAAUGUGAUUAAAUCCAUAUAUUUUGUAUGAAUAAUUCAUAUUACCAAAUUGUGUAAUAAUAUAUUAUUCUUUUCUAAUUUGCUGGUUAUUUAAUUAAUAGAUUAUGUUUGUUUUCUUAAAGUUAGGGACUCCGCAACAACAAAAUAAUACAAUGAAAUGCAAUAUUUGUACAAAUAAUCAUUUUAGGAUAUAAGAGGAAUAGCCAAUAAAGAGCUCGUCUGUCUCUACGAAUCAAACACUAUAUUGUCAUAUAAAAUCCAAUCAUGUUAUAAAUCAACAUUAUAUUGUAAUAUAAAUCAAAAGAGAUUGAUGAUAGAACUUAAUACCAAAUCAUGUAAGUAUGCCUGUCAAUCCAAUGGCCAUGACAUAGUGUGUUAAUUUUCGUUACCACAUAUGUAAUUUUUCAUGGUGACUUCAAUUGUUAUGCCAUCAUGAAAGUCAGUUUAGCACAAGUAAUUACGUAGGAUGAUACGACAUCAAGUUUAGCCAAACAAAAAAGAAAAGGUGCCCUUAUAUUUAGUUUCUGAAAGAAUUUAAAGUUAUCUGUACAUGAUGGCUCAAACUCAAGGCUUAAACUCAACUGCAAUUUCUUUGAAUCUCUAUACUUGGGGAGCACCAAGUAUACAUUAUCUGCUUUAACAGCUUCAAAUUGUUUCUUAAGAACUUCAUAAUCUUUCUCCAAUUGCUUUGUCUUCCACCUUGCCCUAAUGAAACAUUAUUUACAAAAUGACUUACCUAAUUGGAACUUGAUUUCUAAGAUGCCCUAAUAUAAUUUUUUUUAUUGUGUUAUAACAGAUUAUAAUUUAAUAGUGUUAAUGUAUUAUCAUGGAUAAAGAUUGCGUACACUUAUCGAGAUUAUCUCGUCCUUUUAAAUUCAGAAUAUUUUAAAAUAUGUCUUCAAAUGCUUUUUAAAUGAUUUAUUUAGCAUUCUUCAUAGAGUUUCAAAGGCGUAUCAAUGUGGUGCAAGAAAAUUUGCAAAUAUGGUGCCAGCCAAUGCGGGGAAUCCAGAAAAGGUCAUAUGCCCUUGCAAAUGUUGCAAAAACCUAUUCCACCAACAUUUUGAUGUAAUGUAUGGGCAUUUGAUCAUUAAUGGCAUGGAUCCUAUGUAUACUACAUGGGUGUUUCAUGGUUAAAAAUCAAAUACAUCAUCAUUGCCUCCUUAAGAUGUAAAAAAUUUAGAGACGUAUAGGAUGUAUAGAGAUGCAUUUUUUCAGGAUCAUAAUAGUGUAGAACCCAAGAAUGAAGAUAGAGAGAAAGAUUUUUCAAAUCUAUAUGAAGGCUUAGAAAUUCCUUUAUAUCCUGAUUGCACAAAGUAUAUAAGGAUAUCUGCAAUUGUUGUCUUAUACAAGCUUAAAGCUACAUAUGGUAUAUCCGACAAUGGUUUCAAUGAAUUUCUUGAUAUUAUCCAAGAUAUGCUAUCACAUGGGAACACCCUUCCUAAUUCUUGCAAUGCAAUAAAAAGAUUAUUGAAAACCUUUGAUUUGGGGUAUGAGAAGAUACAUGCAUGCAUAAAUAAUUGUUGUUUGUUUAGAAAUGAUCUAGAGAAUUUGGAUACAUGUCCGAAAUGUGCAUCUUCGUGGUGGAAAGUUCAUGAACGAACUAAGAAGAUUCAAAAAGGGAUACCUGCAAAGGUUCUGCGAUAUUUUUCGAUUAUACCAUGAUUUAGAAGAAUGGUUAGGUCACUUGAUAAGGCAGAAUAGUUAAUAUGGCACUCAAAUCACAAAAGUUUAGAUGGAAAAAUGCGCCAUCUAGUUGAUUCAUUAGCUUAGGAGAGAAUUGAUCAAAAAUGGCCUUGUUUUGCAUCAGAACCACGAAAUCUUAGACUUCGCCUUUCUUCUGAUGGAUUUAAUCCCUUUGGUGAUCUAAGUUCUAGGUAUAGUUGUUGGCCAGUGGUACUAGUCAUAUAUAAUCUCACUCCUUGGAUAUGCAUGUCUAAGGAAAAUUUGUUGUUAACUUUAUUAAUCCCAGGUCCCAAGCAACCUAGAAAUGAUAUAGAUGUGUAUCUAGAACCACUAAUAGAAGACUUAAAGGAGUUGUGGAAUAUUGGUGUUGAAGUAUAUGAUGGAUUUACCAAGUCUACCUUCAAUUUGAAAGCUGUACUAAUGUGGACAAUUAAUGAUCUUCCGGCUUAUGGGAACUUAUCAAGAUAUCCUACGAAAGGCGAAGUAGCAUGUCCAGUAUGUGGUUUAUCCACAUAUGCAAAAUGGUUGACUUAUAGUCGAAAGUUUUCAUACAUGGGUCAUAGAAGAUUUCUUGCAUAUAAUCAUCCUUAUCGGUUAAAAAAAGCUUGGUUUGACGGAAAUAAUGAGUAUAGGCCUAGUCCUAAAAUAUUAACCGGUCAAGAAGUGAUGUGUUCAAUCAAGAAUGUUAGCAAUAAUUGGGGAAAAAUAGGAAAAAAAAGAAAGAUGAAAAAAUCAUAUUCUAAUUGGCCAUGGAAAAAAAAAGUCAAUAUUCUUUGAGCUGCUAUAUUGGGAGGUUAGUCAGUUUAAACUAUUUUGAAUUAGUUAUUUCUUUGCUUAAACUUUUUUUUGAAUUUAUAUUGUUAUUUUUCAAACACUACUUUUGCGCCAUAAUUUGGAUGUAAUGCACAUUGAGAAGAACGUUUGCGAAAGCAUUCUUGGCACUAUUUUGCAUGUGAAGGGAAAAUCAAAAGAAGGGUUAAAUUCCCGUAAGGAUUUACUCAAUAUGGGUAUUAGAAAGGAGCUUCAUCCAGAAUUGAAAGGAAAUAUAUAUUACCUCUCCGCAGCAUCAUAUAUGCCAUCCAAAAAAGAGAGAGAGUUAUUUUGUAAGAGACUAUUUGAUUUAAGAUUACCUGAUGGUUAUAGUUCUAACAUUUCAAGGUGUGUAUCAUUAACCGAUAAUAGGAUUUUAAAUCUAAAGUCUCAUGAUUGUCAUGUGCUCAUACAGCAAUUGCUAUCAGUUGCAUUAAGAGGACUUUUACCUAGAGGACCAAGAAAUGCAAUCUUUCGACUAUGUGCAUUUUUCAACGAAAUAUGUCAAAGAGUCGUCGAUAAAAAUAAAUUAGAAAAACUUGAGGAGGAUGUUGCUGUGACUUUUUGUAUGCUAGAAUUGUAUUUUCCACCAUCUUUUUUUGACAUAAUGAUUCAUUUAACCAUCCACCUUGGGCGUGAGGUUCGAAUUGGUGGACCUGUACAAUAUCGUUGGAUGUAUCCAUUUGAGAGGUUUAUGAAAACACUUAAAGGAUAUGUUAGAAAUCGUUCAAGACCUGAGGGCUAUAUAGCAUAGCAUUAUUUAGUCUAUGAAUGUAUGCAUUUUUGUAGUGGUUACAUGAAACAAGCUGCUGAAGUAGGUGUUCGACAUACUCGAAAUGAAGAUUUUGAGAAUGAAACAAUUAUUGAGGGACGUCCAAUUCUGAAGGAAAGUCAAAGACUUUGAGUCCAGAAAUGUUAGAGGUCGCUCAUCGUUAUGUACUAUUUAACAGCAUUGCAGUUGAGUCAUACAUAAUGUAAUGAAGCUAGUUAAUUUAUUAGUUUAACAUUGAUUAAUAUUCUCUCAAACUUCUCUUAUUUUUAUUUAUUUAUUUUCGUUUAGGAUGCAUAAAGAGGAGAUUAAAAAUUUAGAUAGACGUAUUGCCAAGAAUGAAACCUUUUUACAAAUGAGACAUAUGGAGACUUUCACUUCUUGGUUUGCGGAGAAAGUCAAACAAGACAAUUAUAACAUGUCUAAUACAUUGAAAUGGCUUGCACGUCAACCUAGAUAUGAUGUGAUGUCACAUUCUGGUUAUGUUAUCAAUGGACAUCGAUUUCAUACAACUGAUGUUAGUAGAAGUGCACAAAAC